GUCCAGACACGCAAAUUGAACUCUCCUCAUCCUUUUCUUCAUCAGUUCGUUUUUAUUUCACGAACUCUUGGUUUGUAUCCCCAUUGUUCUUCUCUCUUUUUCACCGAAAACUGUUUGGCCUCGUCUGAAAAACCAAACGAAAUCGCCAGUUCGUAUUCAAUUAAGUUUUUCAUUUCCUUUUCGUUGCACCUGGGCUUAUCGAGACCUUCAAUCGAACGAAGAAGGAAGUUUACUGACAUCAUUGGCGCCCAGCCUUUUGUAACGCACACAACGUGUUUCUCGUGUCUCGAGAGAAAUCAAAAAAAGUGUAUGGCUGUUGUGUGCAAAAGUGCAGUGUUUUGUGAUCUGUGAGUGUGUGUACUAGUUUUCUGGAAACGAAGUUGGAAAAAAAAAAUCGAUCAAAAAACACAACGAUCUAACAGUUUAAACUUUUUGAGAAAAUGUUUACUCAUUCUUAUUCGUUGGUGACCUUGUCACUGUUUGCCAUGUCUUCAUGGCUGGCUUUGGCGUCUGCUGUCGGCCCGGUUAUGAACCAACAACCGACCAUCUUCGACCUCAUUCAAAAUGAUCCCGAUCUCUCAGAGUUUUUCAACUUGAUUUCACGGAACGAACUGGUGCCGACGCUGCUCAAGUUCCGGCAGGCCACCGUCUUUGCGCCCAACAAUGCGGCCAUGAGAGCUUAUACCGGACAAAAGGACCAAGACUUGCUGCUCUACCAUCUCGCUAACGUGGCUCUGACGACGGACAAAUUGGACCAAUCGGUUUCCAGCGAACUGCCUGGCAAUCCGCCGCUAUGGAUCGCCCGUCGCGACGCCAGUUCCUACCAGUACGAUCUCUACAUCAACGAUGCUCGUGUCAUCCGUGGCGAUAUCAAAGCCAUGUCCACCAGACAAGACGAACAAGUACUGCACGUCAUCGAUAAAGUCCUAGAGCCAAUCAUGACUUCGGCUCGCGAUCCGCAACUCUCCAAUCCCGACGCAGCUCGUCUCCUCGAAAGAGCCGGAAGUUUCAAUUUGGGACCGUAUCAAAUCAGCGACUUUGUCCAGCAAGUCUCGUCGCACAAGAAACUCUCCGUUUUCGCCACGCCCGGCCGCCACACUUUCCUGAUUCCGAUCAAUCGCGGAUUCGAGGCCGUGUCACGUGACAAGAUCGACCCUAAAGUGAUUGACGGACACAUCGUACCCAAUGUGGCGUUGUUCACCCGUCCGGCCAUCCGAGGCCGCCCGGUCCAGACGUUGGCCUUCUCCGACAACCUCAAAGUCACCGUUUCCUUCAGCAACGAGUCACUGCCGUCGCAAGAAACCGGAUCGCAAAUCUACGUGCAAUCCAACACCCUGGUAGGCGAUUUCCACCAUCCCAGGGGCGUGGUCGUGGCCCAGGUGGUCAAAGCCAACAUCCCCGUCCGCAACGGCGUCGUCCACCUUAUCGACAAGCCUCUUAUUGUCAUCGAUAUCGACAUUGUCAACUUUCUCAAGGAACAACGUAACGGGAUCCUCUACGAGUUCUAUCGCAUCAUGAAGGAUUUCGCGACUAACUUUAUGGAGGGCAUCACGGGUGCCGGAGAGUUGACCCUGCUGGCCCCGUCUAACGAGGCUUUCCGCAGGCUCGGAGAGAAGAACCUUAACGCAUUGUUGGCCAAUCAACAAAAACUGACGGAAAUCCUGCAGCUACACGUCAUCCGCAGGCGGCUCUCCUCCGACGAAAUUAUCCAGAAUCCGCUCUUCUCUCACGUCGAAUCGGCAGACCGACACCGACGGCUCUACUUCUCCGCCUACGGUCCAGAUGACAACAUUACCGUCUCUGUCGAAGGCGGCGGCGUCAAUGCCACCAUCAUCCAGCCGGAUAUUGGCGCCCUUAACGGAAUCGUUCACAUCAUCGAUCGCGUUCUCGGUGUUCCAACCAUGACCGUUAUUGAGAAACUCCGAUCAGAUUCCAUCAUGAGCAAAACACACGCGCUGGCCAUCCAAGAUGAUUUCCUUGGUCGCAUGCAAGCGUACAGAGAUCCGUACAAUCCAAGGAUUCAGCAAAAGUUCACCAUGUUGGUGCCCAGUGAUGAAGCCUGGGAGACUAUCCAUCGCACGAUGGGCUCGGCCUUUAAAAAACUCUUUAUGGGCGAAUAUUCCUACAAUGUGCGUCAAAUUUUGGAACGCCAUUUGGUCGUCGGACAAGAAUUGAGCAUCAGCAAUCUAACGAGCCAAGGCCGUGAUAAUUACCUACAAACGAUCCGCGGCAAAGUGAAGAUCGUCUUCGUCGAAAGUGGUGGAGAGAAUGGAGGGGAGCCAACGCGAGAGUACUACGCUGAAUGGGAGAACAUUCGUGCCCGAGUGGUCCGCCCGGAUGUCCAGUGCAUUGAUGGCGUAAUCCACGUCCUCGAUCACGUCCUGGUGCAGCGCCGUGAGAUCUCCGUAUCCGGUUCGGGACGGUUCACCGUCAAUGCCCUGCUCUUGUUGGCCAUCACUCUAACGGCCAUGUUCUGGAACACCCGAGCACUUCAACAUUGAUGGGCUCCCUUAAAAAGCAGUGCGAACUGUUUUUUUCAAGUUUUUUUUUUUUUUUUUCCUUCCCUACUUCCCUAACCCUUCAUCCAUCACAUUUAAUUUGAAUAUCUUUUUUUUUUUUUUUUUAGCAUAUGAUUUUAUAUUUUAAUUUUUUAAAACCAUAUAUCAAGCGUGUAUAUUUUAUUCGGCGUGUUCAUCAUUUCUUCAUUUUAAAUUGACGCCAUAAAUUAGAAGAUAGAAUCUCACCAUUUAAAGUAUGAUGAAAAGAACAUUUAGAAGCGAAGAAUAGACCAUUUUUCAAUUUUUUUUUUCUUUAAUUUUUGAUUUUGUUUGGCUGAUUCAUUGUCGUUUUUUUUUCUGAGUUGUACAAGAGUACAAAUUUCCUUUGUUUUCUGCCUUUUUUCUAUUCUUAGUUGGAAGAAAAAAAAAUACUCGUUUGAAUUUUUGACGUCUUUGAACGAAUUAAAAUCUGAAAAUUUUCUAUGUCUAACAUCAGGAGAGACGAAAUAAGAAACGUAUGUUGUUUCUUUCUAACUUUCUAUCUUUUUUUAGUGUGAGGCGUGAACGCUGAUUUCGUUUUAUCCCACGUGGCUUCACUUGCAAUUUUUCAGACAGGGAUUUAAUGUUGAAUUGGUACGCCCUUCGUCUGGAGCGUGUAAAAGACCCCAUUUAUUUUAUUUUUAUUUUUAUUUUUUUUUUUCAAAUUUGAAUUCUUUCGUAUUCCGGAACUGCAUGCCCGCGCUCCUUUACAGCGACAUUUACAUUGUCAGUUUCAGGCUACAUUUUUUUCCCUUUACAAAGAUACACACACGACCGGAACAUCCAGUUUUAUUUUUUGUUUUCCUUGUAUUUGGUUCGUCAGUUUUUUUUUUUUUUUUUAGUUUUUUUUUUCACUACGACGUUGAUCAAUACAACAUUACGGUCUCUUUUUUUUAUUUUUGAUCAAUAACAUGGUCACGAUUCUAUGCAUGUCUGAUUGUCAAACUGGAUUUUAGAUGCACUGAGUGACAUUCCAAUAUUUUGUUUAUUUUUCCUUCACUCAUUUGCCUUUUCAUUUUUUUUUUUUUUUUUGAGAUCCACUUGUGUUGCGUUCAGCCAACCCAGUCACAAAUGCUGCCGUGAAUCAUACCAUAAUCCCAUCUCUCUUUGUCUCAUCCCUUCCAUCCCACCCUUUACUCCGGGGAAAGUUUAAAGAAGAAGAAAAAGUUAACAAGAAAAUCUAACUGAAAACAUAGUAAUAUCUCCUGAUGAUUGCGUUGAGUGUUCAUGGUAGAGUUCUCUGCUUUAGAAAUAAAGAAAUCAAUAAAAUGAAUGGGACAUGUAAA